CGGUCACAUUUUCAGGUUGGUGUAACAUCACUCCCAACUUCUUUUUAUUGAGCUACUUUGUCUUCAUAAGGGUGAAGUAAUAGGAGGUUGUGGAAGUCUAAGGAGUUAGAUUUUCUUUUCUCCUCACAAUUUAUCAGCCAUGCACACUAUGCGUAUAAAUUCGAAAGGCACGAUCUUAGGUCAAAAUUCUUCGUCCAUACAAUGUAGUCUCACCGUACACCAGUUAUACUCCUGCUGUUCUUCAACUCGUUAAACAAGAGAUGAAUUUAUUUAAACCACUGAUUAUAAAACCAAACUGUGGUUUGAUCAACAGUUUGUGCAGUAAAAUGCGAUCACUGUCCAUCCCACCAUUAAUACCAUCGGAAAUACUAUACCAGCGUGAAAUAACACCUGCUAAGACACCAGCUCAUCAUAAUAAUCCAGAAAUCGAAAAGCUGUUAAAAAACGAAUUAUGUGGUUACCCCGCAUAUUCCGCACGGAAAAUUCGUCGUGGCUUUCAGGAUGCUAUUAUGAUUCGUGAUUACAAGCGCAGACAAGUUUCUGCUCAUUUUUGCAACUUACGCAUAAGACUAAACGCUAUCAGAAAAAACACGAUUUUACCGCAAGAAAUCAAGGAUUUAGCCACGUUAUAUAUUUCGUCAUUACCGCGUGAUAGCAAUUGGACGCGCAUUUUAAGCAGAUGUAUCGUUACUUCGAGGAGACGAGGAUGUAAGACACGUUGGAAAGUUUCACGUAUUAUAUGGAGAAAAUAUGCAGACUAUAAUAGAAUGUCUGGAGUUCUUUGGGCUCGCUGGGGAUCAAAUACUCGGAGCGUACGAAGACAUAUGUUAUGGCCGCCUCCUAGAGAAACCUCUGUCUCUGAAUAUAUACGUCGAUAUCACAAAAAUUUGGCUGAUGUAUAA